GUCACAAAAUAUACCAAAAUGGCCACCUUUUUUGUGCGGUGUUAAAUUAUUGUUGAAACUAUUUUUGAAAUAUUAAAGGUAACGAAUCAUUAACCAAGAAACAUUUGUCGUAAUUUGGAACCCGGUUGUGUUCGUUUGAAUGUUAAAUAAAGUUUGUCCAAUUGCGCUAAACGUGAUCGUUACGUAGAUGGUAAAUUUAUAGUUAACUAAUCAGAGCAUUCCAAUUUUUCAUCAAUUAUUCGAACAUUUUGAUGGUUUUUUUUUUUCCGGUGCUAUUGGUGUCAUACAAUAAAAUCAAUUGUAUGUUUUAACGUUCAGUGUUUUUCAUCAACAAUUUCCAUAUCUUCAGGUUAAACGAAUAACACAGAAAAAAAAAGUUACACGAUCCGCCUCGUAACAAUAGACUCAGAGCUUAAUAAACGAACGGAAAUUGAACUGGAACAAUUUUGAUAGUAUGAAUUAUUUCGGAUUCGGUCAAUCCGCCGAUGUGGACAUCGUUUUUGAUGGGGCGGAAAAUCGUAAAUUGGCCGAGGUGAAAACAGAAGACAGCAAAAAGGAAAAGUAUCUGCUGUACUACGACGGUGAAACGGUGUCCGGCAAAGUGAAUGUAACGCUACGGAAGCCGGGCAGUAAACUCGAACACCAUGGUAUUAAGAUCGAAUUGAUUGGACAAAUUGAACUGUACUACGAUCGUGGCAAUCAUCAUGAGUUCACAUCGUUGGUGAGAGAAUUGGCCCGACCCGGCGAUUUGAUCCAGAACACUAGUUAUCCGUUCGAAUUUGCAAAUGUGGAGAAGCCAUUUGAGGUGUAUGUGGGCUCAAAUGUGCGGUUGAGGUAUUUUUUACGUGUGACGAUUGUGCGCCGCAUCAGUGAUAUUGUGAGGGAAAUUGAUAUUGCGGUCCAUACACUUUGUAGUUAUCCGGAAAUGAAUUGUCCGAUCAAAAUGGAAGUUGGCAUCGAAGACUGUUUACACAUAGAAUUUGAGUACAAUAAAUCCAAAUACCACUUAAAGGAUGUCAUAGUCGGAAAGAUCUACUUCCUGUUGGUACGCAUUAAGAUUAAACACAUGGAAAUAGCGAUUAUAAAACGGGAAACAACUGGAUCUGGUCCGAACACGUUCACGGAAAAUGAAACCAUAGCCAAGUAUGAAAUAAUGGACGGCGCUCCCGUCAAAGGUGAAAGCAUACCGAUCCGAGUGUUUCUGGCCGGUUAUGAUCUCACACCAACGAUGCGUGAUAUAAACAAAAAGUUUUCGGUGAGAUAUUUCCUGAAUCUGGUGCUGAUGGACACGGAGGAUCGUCGUUACUUCAAGCAACAGGAGAUAACUUUGUGGCGCAAAGCUGACAAAAGUCGCAAAUCGGCCUUAACAUCGUCAAACAAUCCGCACGUGCCAUCACAUUUAGUUGGUUCGGAUGGUGAAAUCAUGGGUACACAGAAUUCGGCCCAUCAGCCUAAUCAAGAUGAAGAUGGACCUGCUGGUGACAAUGAUCCGACGAUGGGACUGUUCACUCAGGAAAGUCCACAACAACCACAAAAUCCAAUUUCCAUUUCGGAUUCGAAUAGUAAUAAGCCGUCUCAUCCACGACCGGCAGAUGGUACCAUUGGUGAUCAGUCUGCAUCGCUAUUCGAUGAAGCCACAAAUCCAGCAACAGCACCAAAUUCAACGUCCCAAUUAACUCAAUCAGCAACGGAAGCGGCCGCAGUGUCAGAGUGUAGUAAUAGUGAAAACAAUAGUUCGACAACAGUUGAUUCGUCAACUACACCGCUGGCGUCGAAUGUCGAUUCAACAUCCGAAUAAAUUUUGUGAAUUGCACCACACAUUUCUAAUGUAAACUGCUGGGCAAUUCACACUAUUAAAUUGAAAUAUUUAUAGUCUAUGUCAUUAUUAAGAAUUAUAAAGAGAAAGAAAGGAAAAAUUAAUUAAAAAAAGAAGAAAAA